AUGAGACGGUGGCCCAGUUACCUGCUGGGGUGGAUGGCCUUCCUGCUCUAUUCCUGGGAGACCAAUGGAGAUAAUAAAGAAUCAUGUGUUUUCCCCUUCACCUACAAGGGGUCUACUUACUUCUCCUGCAUCAAAAUCAAUAGCUUCUUCCCCUGGUGCGCGACCAAAGCAAUUUAUGAUGGAAAAUGGAAGCACUGCACAGCAGAAGAUUACCCACGGUGCAUCUUCCCCUUCAUCUACCGAGGAAAGCCUUAUACCAGCUGCAUCACGGAAGGUAGCUGGACGGGAAAGCUGUGGUGCUCCGUCACUUCCAGCUUUGAUGAGAAGCAACAGUGGAAAUACUGUGAAACAAAUGAGUACGGGGGAAAUUCUUUCAGCAGGCCCUGCAUCUUUCCCUCCAUCCACAAAAACAACGUGAUCUCCGAAUGCAUUGAGGAUGGAAAGAACAAGCUCUGGUGCCCAACCACAGAGAACAUGGAUGGCGAUGGGAAGUGGAGCUUCUGCGCCGACACCAGAAUUUCCACACUGGUUUCUGGCUAUCCCUGCCACUUCCCCUUCAGCUAUAGAAACAAGAAUUAUUUUAACUGCACUACCAAAGGAUCAAAGAAAAAUCUUCCGUGGUGUGCUACCUCUUAUAACUAUGACCAAGACCGCACCUGGGUAUAUUGCUAA